AAUCUGACAUUCCUGUAUUCUCUUGUAUAGGGGUAUCUCUACGUUCUUAUCUGUUCUAUAGAGUUUUUGUGUUACUCUGUGCGGUGAGUUUCCAUGGCUACGGCACAUCUUAUAUCUUCUCCUAACGUCUCUUCACUCACAACUGGUGCAAAUCUUUGGGGCAGGAAACUCUCCUUCAACAGUAUUUACUAUGAAAGUUCUGGUGGAUCAAAAGCUUCUAAGUACAAUAUAAAAGCUCAAAUACAGUAUAAUCCUUUGAGGUCUCAACAAUCACUGUUUAAUAACCAAUACAAAAACACUGAAAGAGGAGCAACAUAUGAAGAAAGCAAUAAAAGUUAUGUUGUGAAAGCCGUCGCUGUGCCAUCUUCUGAGUCAGAAUCUGAAGUUUCCAACUCCAAAAACAUUGAAAGAGGAGCAAUAUAUGAAGAAAGCCAUAAAAGUUAUGUUGCGAAAGCCGACACUGUACCAUCUUCUGAGUCAGAAUCUGACGCUUCCAACUCCAAAAACAUUGUCGACUCUGUCAAAAAUUUCAUGGCUGUUGUAUACCAAUUUAUUUACCCUUACGCAAUGUAUGGUCGAACGUCAACGACAAUUUCUGCGUCUCUCGUUGCAGUAGAAAGACUAUCAGAUAUAUCUCCGUUGUUUUUUAUUGGAUUGUUACAGGCUUUGGUACCUUCCUUGUUCAUGGAUCUUUAUGUUAAUGGAGUGAAUCAAGUGUUUGACUUCGAAAUAGAUAAGAUAAACAAGCCACAUCUUCCAUUCGCCUCUGGGAAAUUAUCCUUCAAGAAUUGUGUCUUUAUUGUUGCCGCAUCUGCAAUCUUGGGUUUGGGGCUUAACUUGAUGAUAGGUUCUCCGCCACUGAUUUGGAACUUUGUCUUGAACGUUGUAUUAGUGAAUUGCUAUUCAAUGAAUCUUCCUUUCUUACGAUGGAAGCAACAUCCGGUGCUGGCAGCAUUAUUCGUAACCACUAGUCUGACAUUGCUAUUUCCAAUUUCAUACUUCCUUCAUAUGCAGACGUUUGUGUUGAAGAAGCCACUUAUGUUUACAAGAUCAUUGAUUGUUACUCUGCUGUUCAUGGGUUUGUACUCUACUGGUAUAGCAUUAUCUAAGGAUAUACCUGACGUAGAAGGAGAUAUAAAACAUGGCGUUGAUUCUUUCGCAGCACGUUUAGGCCAGAAAAAAGUAUUUUGGAUUUGUGUUUCCCUUUUUGAAAUGGCAUUUGGAGUUGCCUUCUUGGCAGGAGCAUCAUCUUCAUCUCCCUUUUGGAUUAAAUUUGCCGCGUGUCUUGGAAAUGUUGUUCUUGGUUCAAUUCUCUGGUACCGGGCCAAAGACGUAGAUGUGACAAAUCCAGCUUCUAGUGGAUCCUUCUAUUCAUUUAUCUGGAAGUUGAUGAUGGCGGGACACGUUUUUCUGCCUUUAAUCAGAUGAGGUGUCACUGAAGAUUAAAAUUACAUUUGCGACAAAUAACAUAGAGACCCUUCACAUAUAAAUUUCCUGAAGCAAUGUGUGUUCUCUAGAUAUAUGAUGAGUUUUGAAUCACUAAGAUUUUUUUUUUAAUUGUAUGAUGAUUUUCAGUAUCUAUAUCGAGCUUUAUCUCUAUAGAUACAUCUUUCACGAAAGAAAUAAGAAAA